AUGAGCGACCCUACCGUUGGCGACGGCUCGUUGGCCGAAGUCAUGAGUUCCUUGAAAUCCAUUCAGCAGACUCAGUCUGACCUUGUGGCUGCUGUUGACUCGCUAAACCAACGAUACCAACAGCUGCCUGUUGACUCUGAUGUCACCGGCAAGGUCCCUGAAAGAUCUCGAACCCCCGAGCCUUCCGAUGUCGUUGGUGAUUCUGCCAAGAGCUCCUCGUCCGAUUUGACCUUGCAGGCCCCAGCUGUGCCCUCGUCGCCCAGCCAGCGUUCCGGUCUUACCUCCCGCAUCAUCCUAACGACUUAUCCAAAGCAGAUCGGCAUCAAUCCUCUUCCCAUGAAAUGGGGCGAAUCGGACCCCCAUCGUCGUGGCCCAGUUGUUGUUUCUCGUUCAUCGACUACCAUUGGAAGACGUAACGCUGUCGGAGCCCAUGGUGGUUCUUACUCCAUCUACUAUGCUCUGGCUGUUGCGAGCAAACAACUUAAUCUCGAGCAUAGACCCGACUUCACCAAUACGGAGCCGGCUGCUAAGCUUGGUCCCUUCCCUCAAUGGGGAGAUCCCAAGAAGAUUGUCGCCAUGGAUCCCUGGGGCCAUCUAUCCCCCUGGCUCUUCAAGGACACUAUCGAGAAGCACAAUGUCGAUAUUCGCCCAACUAUCGCCAUCACCAAGGCACACAUGAAGCUUCCCGAGCUGGAGGAGAGUGUCAAGAGCGGAAGACUUGUUCCUGACGGCAAGGUCUGCCUCAACGAGCUCGGAGAGCUGGCCGUAACUAAGUUCGCCGUCGAGCCGGUUUGGUAUCUCCCUGGCGUGGCUGAAAGAUUCGGCAUCGACGAGGGAGCCUUGCGAAGAUCUCUCUUCGAACACACUGGUGGAAGCUACCCAGAGGUUGAUGGCCCCUCAUACCUUACAGAAACGCACGCUGAUCGUGGUUUGACAGUAUACUGUUUUGGCGAUCCGGCCAAGAUGUCCGACGAGUCGGUGCGACUGGCUUUGCGUAUCCACGACGAGUGCAAUGGUAGCGACGUGUUUGGAUCCGAUAUCUGCACUUGCCGCCCUUACCUCAUAUUCGGUAUCGAAGAGGCAGUCAAGGAGGCCCAGAACGGCGGCAGUGGUGUCGUCAUUUACUUCCGGAAAGAGGGCAGAGCCCUCGGUGAAGUGACCAAGUAUCUCGUGUACAACGCUCGUAAGCGUGGCGAAGACCGAGCAUCGGACUACUUCAAGAGAACAGAGAACAUUGCUGGCGUGAAGGACAUGCGCUUCCAGGCCCUCAUGCCCGAUAUCCUGCACUGGCUUGGAAUCCGCAAGAUUGACAGGAUGUUGAGCAUGAGCAACAUGAAACACGAUGCCAUUGUAGGACAAGGAAUUCCCAUUCACGAGCGUGUUGAGCUCCCCGAGGAGUGGAUUCCCGCAGAUUCUCGUGUCGAGAUUGAUGCCAAGAUUACUGCAGGUUACUUCACCGCCGGAAAGCGCAUGACAGAAGAAGAGUUGAGAGCUGUGCAGGGUAGGAUGUGGGAAGAGUAA